AUGAAGCGUGGGUACAUCUACCUUCGUGGUGUUCGGAUCUGGGUGCAGCCAUCCUUCACGGGGAGAAAGAUCUCUAAUCUGAGCCUAUGCGAGAUCGAGUACGUGAACACCAACGAAAUUCAGCCGUCUGAGCUGAUCAAAGCCAUCCAGACGUGGGGUGGCACCGACGCGCUGGUGGUAUCUCAUGCAGUCAACGUGGGUACACCUGCCAAGUGGCCGGCGAUUAUGUGCCUUCGGAACAUGUCCCGCACAAGCCUAGAUCUCCUGUUCGCGUUUCGCCUGUUUUUUCCAAGCCCGGAAGAGGCUAAUGCCGUGUACACUGGUUUCCUUCAAGAACGACGAUCGAACGAACAGAUGCGACCGCGCAGUGGGGACCUUGACCCUGAAACCAGUCUCGAACCUCUAGAGCACGCAUCGUUUGCGGAAUCCCGCGUCAUCGUCGCCGGGUUCUCUGCAGAAGUGUCGGCUAGAGAGAUAGAGGAAGCAUUUGAGCGCCAUGACCUUGGCCGAGCAACGGUGGAGAUCAAGGGCCCUCGCCGGAAUUAUGUUGUGGCAGAGCUUGCGAACCGAUCGGCAGUAACGGAAGCACUCGAACGCUUUGGUGAAGAAUCAGCUGACUCACUCCGAGUGGGCGACAUUCCACUGCGAAUCAAGAAAAUGAACGACCCGAACAACCAAGGGUGCUACAAAUGCGGAAAACCUGGUCACUGUGCCAAAAAAACCAUCCGGCAGGCAACAGUGCCAAAACCCAACUAG